AUGGGUGGGGUGUUCUCCUCUUACACGACCGACGACAAUAUUCUCACGCUGUGGUCGUGGUGCCAGAGAUUGGAAAAUGAAAUCAACACUAUCAAUGCAAGGACAAACCAAGGCAACAAUUCACAAACUGAUGGAUCGAGCACAGAUUUCCAAUCUCUUUCUAGGAGGUUUGAUGAUUUUAACAAAGAGAACAGUCGUAUGCGCGAGGAUAUUACCGCUCUUUCUGUGAAGAUCGACGAGGAUAUUGCAAAAAUCAGUCAUUGGGAAGGAGCGCUUGAGGUUCUGUCUGGCAAGUUUCAUGAUGCCCUCACCGCAGAGGUCAAUACGAUGAAUGCAAAGUACCAAGCCCUUUCUAUAAGGGUUGAAAAUGGUUUCCACGACAGUCCACCAGCUAUAAACCGGGGGCUUGCUCUUGGGCUAUCUCUUGGCCUCGGCAUUCCUCUAACUAUAGCUCUCAUUUUCUUGUGUGCCAUGUGGAUUCGUCGCAAAUAUCCAUAUAUACCGCAACACGCGAACAACGAGGAAGCUGAGAACUAUAUCAAAAUACACAAGGCGACACGACAAAAAACUCUCACUGAGAAGCUCUGCGACCUUUUUGAAACCCUUGAUUUCAAAAAAAAACAGAUUGUUCCGGAGGUCUAUGUAAUGGACAACACACCCAAGAAGGGUUAA